UUACUUUUGUCGGAAUUAUACGAAGUAAGCUAUCUUUCGGUAGGGCAUUAACGUUGAUUGCGGACAGAACGAGAACUACAGUUUAUCUACGCUAAAAUGGGUUCAAUAAGCUUUUGGAUGUGCUUGGUCAUGACGAUUUGCACCUGGAAUAAAACCAUCGGAUGCACGUGGAUGAGGACACUGCCUCGGUCUCCGAGCAUGUUCCAAGUGUUCAGCAACAACAUCAUAACGAUGCUUCAGAAAAUGGGUCAUGAAGUCUCUCGAGAUCCUCAGAUCACUUUCCCUGACAAACAAUACAGACAAGUCAAUCAUUUCAAGGCUGAGGAACAGAUGGCCUUCAUUUCGCAUACUCUGAACGCUAUAAAGAAAUUGUACAGCAGUGGUAAAUAUGAGUCCACCGCCUGGGACCAGAAAGGAGUUGACAAGUUUAUGAAUGACGUCUAUCGCCAGACCUCGGAGCUGGACCAAUGCGUAAAGUCUAUGAAAACUAGACUAUCAAAAUCUGUCAAAAGAGUGAACAAAAAGAUGAGCCUUCACUUCAAGUUCCUGAAGAAUUACUUGAAACGCGAGGAAUACAGCGCAAGCGGCUGGGAAGACAUAAGGACAGUGGUGCUGGCACACCUACAAAGACUAGACACAACAUUAAGUAGCCAAUGA